AUGGCCUCCCCAAUGAACAAGACAUAUCUUAUGGUUGCUGCCAUUGACUUUGGCACAACUUAUAGCGGAUAUGCUUUUUCCUUAAUGUCCUCACCAGAGGAUAUCAUCAUGAAUAAAAACUGGGGCGAAAAUGUGGGCUUUCAGUCAUACAAAACACCAACGUCGGUACUUCUGUCUCCAGAGAAAAAAUUCGUUGCUUUUGGCUUCGACGCAAUUACAAAGUACACGACCUUACUUGAGGAAAAUGAGGACAAGGACUACUACUUUUUUGAUCGUUUCAAGAUGCGGCUGCAUUCUUCAUAUCAGGACCUGGACAGAAGUGUCUACCUGACAGCACUUAACGGGAAAACGUUGCCAGCCAUGUCCGUGUUCUCACAUGCCCUGUGCUACCUUAAACAACACAUGAUGGAUGAGAUAGGUAAAGUCUCCAGCACAAUGCAUAUCGGAGACAGAGACAUCCGCUGGGUCAUCACUGUUCCCGCCAUCUGGAACGAUGCAGCCAAACAGUUCAUGAGGGAGGCUGCCUACAAUGCAAACAUAGUGUCCAAAACAAACCCGCAACAACUAGUCAUUGCGCUGGAACCUGAGAGUGCUUCCCUGUUCUGCCGGGAGCUGCCUGUGAACCAGUUUGUGGGACAGAGUGGAGACGGCAGCGACAAGCUAAACAUGCCGCCCGGCACGCGUUACAUGGUCGUCGACUGUGGAGGUGGAACUGUUGACAUCACCACACAUGAGGUCCGACCGGACAACAAAGUUAAAGAGGUCUAUGCCGCAACAGGGGGUGCAUGGGGAGGGACCCAGGUUGACGAGCAAUUCGUUGCUUUGAUAGAAUUGGUAUUUGGUAAAACGUUUAUUGACGACUACCGAUCGUCUCAUCCGUCCGAGUGGCAACAGUGGAUGGAAUCUUUUGAGACGAAAAAACGUUCCAAUACGUCAGUAUCUGGGUCUGUCAAUUUCCCUAUUCACUAUCACUUCAAUGAAUUCCACAGACGUAUGAAGGGUGGGGAUGUGAAGGAGUCGAUUGAUAAAUGUAACGUAGACGGGGUGCGUUUCUCCAAUGGGUUUCUUUGUCUAGGAGAUGAAAAGAUGCGAGAGCUGUUCAAAGAAGUGGUAGACAAUAUCAUGAAUCAUUUGGAAAAGCUGUUGCAUGACGAAAACCUGUCAAAUGUGGCAUAUUUUUUCCUUGUGGGUGGCUUCAGUGAGUCUCCCUUGCUCCAACAAGCCUUCAAAAAAAGGUUUUCUAGCCGUGUCCGUGUUUUGGUCCCGAAUGAUGCCAGUUUGGCCGUGGUGAAAGGGGCCGUUAAGUUUGGCCACACUCCCUACGUGAUCAGCGAGCGAAUUAGUCCCAGAUCAUACGGCAUCGAAUGUGCGUCUCCGUACAACCGUAAGCUACACAAAGGGGGUAAGAAGGUAGACAAAGUUUGUAUGAAUGCUUUUCACAAGUUUGUGGAAGCUGGCCAACCUGUUGUUGUGGGGACUGGCAUGAAACAUGUCUUCUAUCCUCUGCGUCCCGACCAAACAAAAGCCGAUAUCAUCGUGUACGGCUCAUUUGACAACGACGCGCAUGUCACUUCCGCUCCAGGUGUACAGAAACUGGGGAUCACCGAGCUAGACAUGCCCGACACCACCGGAGGCACAGACAGACCAAUAGAAGUAACCUUCUUUUUCGGCGACACAGAAAUUGAAGUUAAAGCUGUAGAUCUAACUACACAGUCGAAAGCAAACGUGGGGAUACAUUUCCUGAACGACGACAUACGGUGCUAA